UUAUAAAAAAAAUCAAAUUAAAAGCCACUUUGAAUUUAUAUUUCGCAUUUUAAAUAUUAAGUGCUUUAGGGCUAUAUAACUAGAGGCAGAUAUACAAGAAAAAAACACUAUUGUAUUAAUUCAGUAUGAUUUACCAAACAUUAAUAACUUAAACGGAAAUCAGCAAAACAACAAAAUUCAAAUCUUAUUCUUUGACUGAGUAAUAAAAAAAUAAAAAUACUGUCGAAGUUCAAUAGUUGCGUCUGGUCUUUUGCCUUUGGCAACUCAUCAAUAUUUUUUUUUUUUUAAGAAACUGAAAUGGAGUUCGGUGGUUUUCAGAAGCCUUGCAUUUUAUUCGAGGCAACGAAUGCUCUUUAAAUUUUUAGUUACUGGUUACUGUGCCUCUUCUGUGCUAAUGUCAGUGAUGUGAAAACUGGCCAACCCCAUCGAUAGUGACAAAAAACUAUCGAUGUGACAGAAAGGUAAAAAUUCGCAUUCAAUAGAGAUUGUUCAGUGUAUGUUUUAGAUUAUUUUGUGGAACAAGGUGUACGAGUGAUGAUAUAGCAGAGCUUAAAUAUGGACGUAUUAAAAUGCAUCGAUAAUAAGGAAAUAUUUAUUAAUAUUCUACAUUUGGCUAUAGAUUACAUGAUUGGGAAUAUAAAUGACAAACAAACUCUUCGCUCUUCCCACAAGUACGGAUUUAAAAAUGCGGAAGAUUUUCUGAUGGUUACAAAAGCGAUGUCAAAAUAUUACAAGGACUUCACUUUAAAAACUAACAAACGUGAAAACGUAAUACCCCCUCCUUCCUCCAUUACUCCUGAAAUGAGUCGGCUUGUGCCUAUUGUUUUUGCAGCACGUCAGCUUGAAGUAACUAGGCAUUUUGAGCAUUGGGAGUACUCCAAAACACAAAAUAUUUUAGAAUAUUUCGGAUGGGAUACACGGCUCAUAUUAGGAGAUAGCCGCUUUGGAGGAAACUUUUAUCAACAAGCAACUGUAAAUUUGUCAUUUCGUCAUUUAAGCAUAGAAAAUGCAUUGGUAUUUCAAAUUAACACCGAAAAACUGGACGAAAUAAUAAAUGUAUUGGAAAAGUCAUUGGCCCAAAGUCAAAUUGGCCGGGAUAAAUAGAAAUAUAUAUUGUCAUCUAAUUGGCUGCUACCAACGAUUAUAGCGCAACUUUUAUUAUUACAUUGCAGGAAGUACUGUAGUUGAAGUCCAAGUCGGAAUCACGUUUUUUUAUUUUUAAAUAAAGACUUGCUCCGAUUUUGCCCAUUGCGAUCAAAUUUUUUCUGGCAUUUAAAACCAAAACUUUGAAACACACCCUUGUCAUACAAAAGUGCUCGAAUCCGUUUUACAGCAGAGCAUUUAAUCACACCAAUAAAAGAAAACGUACACACAUUUAA